CACGCUCAUCACGUACUCGCAAAGACUAAAAUUGUGUUUUGAAAAUACGAUUUAAGAAUACUUAUGCCAGCAUGCAAUAAUAAGUGCGUAAUGGCUAUUUAAAUAGGCCUCUCUCUAUAGGAUAUAGCUACCAGCAUCAACAGGCAAUUCUAACUAUACUAACACAAAACACCAUGGGUUUUGGUGGAAGUGGCCAUGGCCAUAGUAACCUGAAAUAUGUUGUGACAGCAUUCUUAGCUCCCCUUCCCUCCAUACUCUUCUACCUCUCAUUCCUUAACCACAUCAACAAUAGUGAUACUAGUGGGUCUGAAAGUGAGAGUGAUCCGCUUUCUUUGGCUAACCUUUGGACGUGGUGUUAUCACCACCCUCUUCUAUUAGCCAAUGCCCUCUUCUUCCUCAACGUCAAUGUACUCUUCUGGGUCAUCAGCCAUAUCCAGAAUAGCCACUGGAUGAUAGACUUGUUUUGGACGGUGAUACCUUUGAUGCUUGUUCAUUACUAUGCCACUCACCCUUUGGGCCAUUAUAACUGGUGGAGGUCGAGGAUCGCAAUGUUGAUGACUUGGGUGUGGAGUCUAAGGCUUUCACAUAACUACUUCAGGCGUGAAAAUUGGCAGUGGGGCGCUAGGGAGGACUGGAGGUUCACUGAUAUGAGCCGACAGUACGGAAAACACUGGUGGUGGGUUUCAUUCUUCGCCGUCUACGCCUCUCAGCAGGUGUUUCUGAUUGGAAUAUGCCUCCCAUUGUAUGUUGUUCAUUCAGUCGAUAAGCCAUUGAACAAUUGGGAUUUUGUUGCAAUCAUUGUCUGUAUGUGCGGUGUUGUUAUCGCAUACUUUGCAGACACUCAACUCCAUGAAUUUGUGACUAGAAACAACAAACUAAAGGAGCUUGGAAAGCCAGUGGUGCCCAACCUUGACAAGGGCUUGUGGAAUUAUUCGCGACAUCCGAAUUACUUUGGAGAGCAGUUGUGGUGGUGGGGGCUUGUUAUAUUUGCACGGAACCUGGGGCAUGGAUGGGCCUUUGUUGGAGCACUUAUCAAUAGUAUGUGCUUAGCUUACGUGACUAAACUUGUGGAGGAGCGGAUGUUGAAACAAGAUUACAGAGCCGAGGCAUACAGGCUGUACCAGAAGACAACUUCUGUGUGGAUACCUUGGUUCAGGUCAUCCAAAAUAGGAGGAAAAGAUAAAAGCACUUGAUUUGAUAUUUCGUUUGUAAGCUCUGUUAGUUUUCUUUAUCAGCAUUAGUAUUUAUAUUCUGUGUUCCUGCCUUGAUAUGUCAAGAGUCAAGACUUGCCUAUGUAAUUUCUUUAUUUCAAGGAAAAAAAAUGAUGGAUUGUGCUUAGCCAAAUAGAUCUUUGUAUGAUAUUGUACAAAAUCUUUCUGCGUAUGCUAAAGAAGUUAACUCUAUUAUCUGCUUUUUUUAAAGGUAUAUAA